AUGGCGCCCGCUGCGGCGGAAGUGAGGUACGGGAUAGUUGGGGUCGGGAUGAUGGGGAGGGAGCACCUCCACAACCUCGCUCACCUCGCCGGAGAAGUCGAGCGGGAGCAGUCCGUCCGCGUCUGCGUCACCUGCCUCGCCGACCCCCACCCGGAGUCCCUCCUCCUUGGCCUCCGCCUCGCUGCAGAGCUUGGCCUGCCACCUCCCCAGCCGCACCACGUUCUUGUUGAGAAGCCUCUGUGCACCACGGUACAGGACUGCAAGAAGGUCAUAGAGGCUGCCAAACAGAGAUCAGACAUACUCAUGCAAGUCGGAUUAGAAUACCGGUAUAUGCCGCCGGUGGCUAAGCUGAUAGAUAUUGUUAAAAGUGGCACACUAGGGCAGGUCAAAAUGGUGGCUAUCCGUGAACAUCGGUUUCCUUUCCUUGUUAAGGUGAACAACUGGAAUAGGUUUAAUUGCAACAGUGGGGGGACUCUGGUUGAGAAGUGCUGCCACUUUUUUGAUUUGAUAAGAUUGUUUGCAGAUGCGAACCCUGUUCGUGUGAUGGCUUCUGGAGCUAUUGAUGUUAACCAUAAGGAUGAGGUUUAUGAUGGAAAGGUACCAGAUAUAAUUGAUAAUGCAUAUGUAAUCGUAGAAUUCGAUAAUGGCUGUCGUGGCAUGCUUGAUCUCUGCAUGUUUGCUGAAGGUAGUAAAAAUGAGCAGGAAAUUUCUGUUGUUGGUGACACUGGAAAGGGCGAGGCUUUUGUUCCAGAGGGCAUUGUGAUGGUUGGAAAGCGAGCAGGAGGCAGAGAUGGAGUUGUAACGGUGAAGGCCGAAGAUGAACGAAUCAAGUACCAGGGGCUUCACCAUGGAUCUAGCUACUUGGAGCACCUGAAUUUCCUGUCUGCCAUCAGGGCACAAGGUGCAUGUAGCCCAGCUAUCAGCUUGGAUGACGGCUUACUAUCUGUUGCAAUUGGUGUGGCUGGCCAAUUGUCGAUCGAGAAAGGCCGUUUCGUCACCAUUGAGGAGAUGCCGAUGGUAAGUGAGACAGUGCGUGGUUAUAAGCUCCUCAGAGUCACCGAGUUUGAGAAGGAAGCAAGUGUCAUAGUACUAAAUGCCACCGGCACAUUUGAGAGCGAGAUGGCUUACGCAUGCGAGCAGGAAGCUAAGUUCAACGUCAAGCACGAGAGGACGCUCAACGGGUGGAAAUCUCUCUAG